AAGAGAAGGAGGAGAGAGACGAAAAGGAGAAGAGAAGAGUGAGGAAGAGAGAGAGGCUCUACCAGGCUGCACGUCAAUUUGACCAUGAGUGUGAUCGGUACACUGGAGAAGGGGGCCCACCACCAGGCUCUGGAGCUCUCCGAGGAGCUCUCUCCCCUCAACCACCACCACCUCCAGCACUCCAACUCUCUGGCCUCCAGCGCUCCUGUGGGGACCCCCUCCGGCGUGGUGGUGCCUCCCCCGUACUCUGCAGCUGAGAGUGGGGGAGGUGGUAGUGACGCUCCCCUGGAGCUCCGAGGCUCUCUGGACUGCUGGGCGUGCUCAGUGCUGGUGACGGCCCAGAACCUGGUCAUCGCUGGGAUCAAUGCCUGCCUGGCCGGACUGGUGUUCGGACUCAUCCUCAUCCCCGCCAUCGCCAUGGUGGUGUUCGGGUUCCUCUGUCAUUCUACGGUGCGCCCUCAUGGGACGUCGCGCUACUGCUCGGACCUGCUGAAUGACGGUGGCUGUGUGGCCCUCCUGGUUGUGGGUUUCCUCCUGGUUACACCCCUCCUGGUCCUGGCUCUGGCCGCCUACUGCCGCCUGGCCCGCCACCUCCAGCUGGGGCUCUGCUUUAUACCAUACUCCAGGGCUAUCUACAAGAACCUGCCCGCCACACAGCACCCUGGCCUGGGAGGGGGCUGCUGUGGAGGCAGUGGCGCUGGAGGGGAGGGAGAAGGGAAGGGGUGACGCCAGCGGGACUCUCAGACUCUCAAACAUGCCACAGCCUGUUCCAGAUGACAUACCUGGACUAAAGUACCUGCUACAGCUUCACACAACUGCCUAUAUGCCAGGAACCUUCCCUUUUUGGGAAUAAAGCAUAUGGUCUGCUUUUGAUACCGUGUUCAAAUCAAGCCACAAUAUGUCAUAGUCAAAGUCAUUCUUAAAUAAUUCAAAACUCUUGUCAUAGUCGUGUACCUGUUGCGUCGUUUCAUGUGGGCUGCCCACUGCCAGUUUGUUCAAUUAUUAAAUUGUUUGACUUUUAUAUGAAUUAUUGACAACAAUGAGAGAGGGAACUUCUGCAUCGAGACUUUCCAUGGAAACAUCAUACAGUACGUCAUCGGCGUGUUCCUCCGAGUUGGUUAAGUUAUUUUCCUUUUAGCAAACAUUUCUUUCACAUUAUCUUUUUUUUUGUAUCUUCUUUAGUUUAAUCCGAUAAGUCAGAAUAGUAAAAAUAAGCAAUAAACCAUAUUAUUUUUUAUUAAAUCUUUUUGUCAUGAAGUUUUCGUGAUCUGGGUAUUGGUAAUUCAAUACUGGCCAACAGUUCAGGAAGAAGGCAGACAACUGAUCGGUUCUCCUCCAGUACCAAAAUCUUAACCCAAUUUAACCCAGAGUUACAUCAUGGAAAACAACAACAAAUUAACUAUAAGAAGGAUUCCUUGAUAAAGCACCAAACCUGUAGGGGAGAUUGGGGUAUGUUGAGCCACCCCUUUUUUCUAGGAAACCAUACACAAAAUGAAUAAUGACCAAAUAUUUAGGAAGAGGUAAUCAUUUCAUGGAGUCUGUGAAGGAA